CCCGUGGAUGAUAAUAUGCGUGAUUUCAAUUCAGACUUAAGAUAUAAUGACAAUAGUUACGUUCGUGAAUUAGAUGCAGCUGCUGAUGAUACUUACGAUAUGACCAUGCCCUUAGAUGAAACUGUAUAUUCGCGUAAACUCUCCCGACUGGUAUUAUUAUUAUUCGUAAGCUUCUUCGUUGGCAUCAGUGCCUAUUUAGAAGAAAGCCAAUACCACCCAAAAGUUGCUGCUGGUAUGCGCAAUGCUAAUUCAAUGUUAAGAUACAAUGACGAGCCAUCCGGUUACAAUCCUGCAUCUGAUGGAAUUGCUGUUGACCGUGCUGACGAGAUGAACAUGGACCUAGAUGAUGAUGAGGCUGUUAAUACUUUACGCCAACAUUCCUGGGCUGGCUGGAAUCAUGGCUAAAUUGAAUUAUCAAUAAAUAUCUACUGCGUGA